GCAAAUUAUUGAAGAAGGCCACCUCUAUGCUGGCAGCUGAAAAAUUGCAGAACAAAAGAGACAGGGCCGAUUCUCUUGAUAAGAGGGUUCCUCCUCUCAAUCUGUCUGGUCUGUCUGCACUGGAGCUCCAGGAACUAUGUAAAGAGCAUCACCACAAAAUUGAUAUCGUUGAUGAGGCGUGUUAUGAUCUUCAAAUUAAAGUGGCUAAAAAUGAAAAAGAGAUCCAUUCCUUGACCCAGAAGAUUUGGGAAAUGAAGGGCACAAAGCAACAAACCAAACUGAAGAAGGUUAAGAAGUCACACGAUGCCAAGUUUGAUGCGCUGACUGAAUUCAAAAUGCCAUCAAAGUCAGAUUUCAAAGCCAACCUGAAGACAGUAAAGAAAGAAGAUGAGAAGAAAGAAGAGGUGACUGAUUGGCGUAAGAAUGUGGAGGCCAUGUCUGGAAUGGAUGGCAGGAAGAAGCUGUUUGAUGCUGGACAGUAAAAAAAAAAAAAGUUACAUAGUAAACUUGUCACUUGACAUCCAGCACAAUUUCCUGUGAAAAAAAACCCCAGAAGCAAUUUGAAGCAUCUUACUUUUCAGACGUCUGUAACAAUAAAUGUGUACCAAGAUGACAAGGCUUCCAAUAUACACAGUUUGAAGCAAGAAAAUCCAAAAUAUAUUAUUGUUGUGACUAAUAAUGUCAAUUAAUAUACACAAAAACUGUUUAUAAUGUUCAUAGGUUAAAGUGUUCUUGUAGGUGACCUU